AGUCACUUGGUAAUUGCAUUCCCGAUUGAAUGGCUUACUCAAGCUUGGUUGUUGCAUUCUCAGCCAUCCUGGUCCUAUCCGCAGCGGUAGGUCAGGAGCUGUUUCCGCUGUCGAUAAUCCAUGUGAACGAUUUCCACGCAAGGUUCGAAGAAACCAACUACGCCGGGACGGUUUGUAAUCAGGCAGUCGGAGACGUCUGUAUCGGUGGCUAUGCUCGGAUGGUUACCGCGGUCAAGCAUUUACUGCAGAUUCGGAACAACCCGGUGUACUUGAAUGCGGGUGAUAACUUUCAGGGAACGCUUUGGUACAAUCUGUAUCGCUGGAAUGUGACUACGACGUUCUUUAAUAUGCUCCCGGCGGAUGCUAUGACCAUUGGAAAUCACGAGUUCGACAAUGGAGUCUCAGGAGUGGUUCCAUUCAUGGAGACACUUGAAUCUCCGAUUUUGCUGUGCAACAUAGAUAGCAGUGACGAACCAGAGUUUGUCAAAUACGAGAAAUCGAUGGUUAUCGAACGUGCGGGAAGGAAAAUUGGAAUCAUCGGUGUCAUUUUAAAGAGUACUCCAGGUAUGUCUAAUCCUGGAAAGCUGCGGUUUCUUGAUGAACCUUCUAGUGUUAAAGCUGAAGCACAGAUAUUGAAGGAUCAGGGAAUUGACAUCAUCAUUGUGUUGUCCCAUUGUGGACUGGAAGUAGACAAGAAGAUAGCGGCUGACGGAGGUGAAUACAUCGAUAUAAUCGUGGGUGGUCAUUCACACACAUUUUUGUACACUGGAAAUAACCCUGGCAUUCCCGGAACCGUGCAUGGAUCGUAUCCAACUUUGUUUACUCAAACGGGAGGUCAUCGGGUGCUGAUUGUACACGCGGCUGCUUAUACCAAAUUGGUAGGAGAUAUUGUACUCUACUUUGAUGAACAGGGAAUCAUUCAAAGCUGGGAAGGCAAUCCGUUCUAUUUGGGUCCUGAAGUUGUUCCGGAUCCUUCAGUCCUCGAAGCGCUUCUUCCGUGGAAGGUUGCUGUUGAUGAGCUCGGUAAUCGAAAAAUUGGAUCUACGAUGACUGAUCUAUCUCAGCAAGGAUGCAACUACAGGGAGUGCGCCUUGGGGGAUCUAAUAGCAGACGCUUACGUAGAUUCUUGCACCUAUAUGGCUGAAUAUGGCCAUUGGACGUACGCUGCGAUUGGACUGUCGAACACUGGAGGGAUUCGGGUUAGUUUGUUCAAAGGAGAUCUAUCGUACAAAAGCCUGAUCGAAGUGAUACCAUUCGAAAAUACAGUCGAUAUCAUUGAGCUACGGGGAGACCAUCUACUGCGCGUGCUAGAGCACGGUGCAUCAAACGCUAACAUUCAGAUCUCCGGUCUUCGGGUGGUCUACAACAUGACGGAACCACGUGGAAAUCGGGUGAAAUCCGUAAAUGUCCUGUGCUAUGAUUGUUUGGUACCUCGCUACGAUCCAUUGGAUGCAUUCCGGUACUACCGAGUGGCAGCCAACUCCCACAUGACCGGUGGUGGAGGAGGAUUUACAAUGUUCGAAGAGUUUGGCCGGAACAAGGUGGUCGGUGAAGUGGAUAUCAAUGCCCUCGAGAGAUUCGUUCGGAAACGGUCCCCGCUCUUGUAUGGUUUGGACGGUCGGGUUACCGUUGUGGAUUGAAAUUGGAAACCGACGAAAUUAUACUGGAGGCACGCGACACGAGUUUGCAAUCUGACUGAAUGAUUUUGAAGACUAAUUGUUACUGAUUGUUUUGGGAAGCAUAAAUCAAGUUUCGAUACGAGGUAGAAAAACAAACUGUACAACUUCAAUUAUAUGCA